AUGGGGGGAGGACCUUCCACAGUCCAGGCGACUGUGGUGCCGGUGAACAGCAGUCCCGAGAUGUUCCCCGGAAAUCACCCGACAGACUUCUGCCUGUGUGCUAGCGGUGGAGGAUCCCGUGCCAUGAGCUUCACUUUGGGCGUGUACCGAGCCCUGUGGAACUUGAAUGUCAUACAGAAGCUGGAUGGUAUCAGCUCGGUCUCCGGCGGCACUUGGGCCAGUUCUGUCUUCAUGUUCGGCAAGAACUUUAGGGGACAGAACAUCGACACGGCGACGAUGCUGGGAGGAAUGACCAAACCUUCCUCCCUUACGCUUGAGGUGCUAAAGGCGGAGGCACCGCCUCUUGCGUGGGGCCUCACGCAGGCAAGGAGUACGCAGCUUUUCAUCAAAAACGCUGCGAAAGAUGUUCUGAAACCCUUGGCAGACAAGGAUGUGUGGACGAAGACUGUAGCAGACUUGGUCCUGGAGCCGUGGGGACUCGAGAGCAUGGAUGCGUGCAUGGCAUUGUCGGAAGACGACGUGUCCAGGAUUCGAUCACAGAAUCCGCAGCUGGGUGACACGAAGUUCUGCACCCCGCGGAGCGAUCGCCCGAGGCUCUUUCUGAUGAAUGGGACGCUGCUGGCCCCUGCCGGCUUUCAGACCAGCGGUGAUGCCAUCGUGUCCUUUCAAGCAAGCCCGGACUUCUGCGGAAGCCCUUUCUACCCCAUGGAUUCUAUGGUGGACUAUCGCCCGGAUGUGAACUUCACUCCUGCUUCGGUCCUCUUUUGCUUCAGCAGUUGCUGUCGAUCGGACCUGAUGGUUCCCGUGGGCGGCGGCCUUGUCGAAAGCUUUGCCUUCGGAGGCCAGGCCCCCGACACGAUGCCGGAACAUGCUGUCACAACAUCCGUGGGUCGUCCCGAGAGACCUCUUUCUCUGGCCGAUGCCGUGGGCAUCAGCUCCUACGCCCCGGCUUCAGCGCUGGCCAACGACCUCUUCACCCAACGAAAUUUCAGUGUGAAGAAGGAGUAUUGGCCUGUUAUUGCCGGUGCGAUGUUGAGCCCCCUCCACAACAUGGCCAGGGUCAUCCCGGCGAGAGAAUACCAGUUCGGCGAUGGCGGGAGCAUCGACAACAGUGGGCUGCUUCCGCUCCUGCAGCGAAGUGCUAGAAAUGUGAUUUAUAUUGCCACGAGCUAUCGAGCCUUGAGCACGACUUACGACUUCGAGACGGUCACACAGGAGGACUUCGACCCUGAUGCAGCGUUGGUCGUCGAUCAGUUGUUCAGUCUCUUCGGUUAUGGUAUGGACGACCAGGCCCAGGGCUUCUUCAACUCCCAGAACCAGGUCUUCCAGAAGACCUCGCUGCUGCCAUUGGUGCAAAAGAUCGCUGGGCUCAAAAGGCAGGGGAAGCCGGCGGUCGUCAGGGAGACCCUGGAGGUGCUGCCGAACAAGUACUGGGGCAUCCAGGGGGGCUACAAUGUGACGUUGGUCUUGAUUUAUCUGGAGACGGUGCAGGACUUUGAGGACCAGCUGCCCGCAGAGACACGACAGGAAAUUGCUAGAGGAAGUGAAGGUGCCUUUGCCAACUUUCCAAUCUACCACACCAACAACAACAACGGCUUGAACACCUUGGAUCUGACAGCUGCUCAAGUGAACCUCCUGGCAGCGCAGGCCGAAUAUUCAGUGAUGCAGAACGAAGGCUUGAUCAAACAGUUCAUGGCCAAUGCGAAACAGUAG